CAGAUCGAAUCAAACAGAAUCAAAAUUCACGAUUCGCAUACCCGAAGCUGAAGCUCUCUCCUCCGCAGCUUCGUCUCAUCUCUCCUCCGCAGCUUCGUCUCGUCUCUUCGUGCCGUCUUCGGAUUGGAGGUUCCAACCGGGAGAGAACUUUCCCGAGAUAGAGAGAGAGAGAGAAGAGAGAAACACUCUGACCUCUCAAACGCUUACGCGUAUCAACAAGAAACGCCUCUUCCUCCUGACCCUAAUUAAGACACGGUAUAAUGGUGCUCUAACCAACCUUUGUAAAAUUCUAAAAAAAUGCUCAUUAAUAAUAUAUUUCGGCCCAUUAAUUAUUUCAGAACCAAACCCUAAUUCCCAUUUCAUCUCACUACGAAAUAAGCAUCAAACAAAGUUGGGAAUGAUCCGAAGAGACGACGACAAUGUCUAGAGCUCCGUAUGAUUGGUCCAAACUUUCCACCGAUCUUCUGCGAUCGAUCCUCGAAAGCUUACACCCUAAAGAUUUUCAUAGGGCAAGAACUGUCUGCUCAAGCUGGUACUCUGUCUCCACAACAUGUAUACGACCUCUCUAUCCAUGGCGAAUCCUAUUCCGUAAGUCUUCUACUCUGUUAUUCGAUCCCCAACAAGACAAAACUAUCGAAACCGAACACCCGGGAACCGACUUCUCGAAACACUGUCUCAUGGCUAGUUCCAGCAACUGGCUCUUGAUCAUUGAUCCUCGUCUAGAUUUGUAUCUUUUGAAUGUGUUCACUCGCGAAAGGAUCAAUCUUCCAUCGAUGGAGUCAUUGCUUCUACGUAACACAACCUCUUCGAAUAUAUCUGCUUGUCUUUGGAUGAACGAGAGAACAAGGGAUUAUGUUGUAGCCUGGAGUUACAAAGAACACUACUUGUUCUCGUACAAGAAAGGAGAUGAUUCCUGGUGUGAGCAUAAAGGCACACGGUGUAAGUCCUUGGCGUAUAAGAACAACAAGCUUUACGUGUACACAUCUGAUGAUUACGUCAAGAUUCUUGAUUUAUCUGGAGAUUCCCCUAAUGAGAUCGUGGAAGGGAACCCUUAUCGUAAUCAUAGGUUUCACUUUGUUUUGCAACCUGGGGAACAUGUGUGGAAGAAGAAAGUAGCGAUUACGAACUCCGGAGAGGUUUUGAUUGUUCUGAGCUUAAGAGGGUUACAUGAGCAACGUUUGCUUUGCAUCUUUAAGAUGAAUGUCGAAAGUGGUAACUGGGAAAGAGUUGAUUCUCUUGGUGGUGAGAUGUUGAUGUUUGGUUAUGGAGUCACAAUAAGAUCUCCGAUCAAAGAGAUUGACGGUCAGGGAAUCAAGAGUGAUUCAAUCUGUUUCAUUGAUUAUGAUCUUUGGCCUGCUGCAGGUUAUUUUCGUCCCAACAGACAAAUUUAUUGCGGUAUUUUCGAUCUUGCGUCGAGUACAAUCACAUGGCCUAAAAUAUCAGAUGCUUCAGUCUUGAAGAGCUUCUGGUUUGUUCCGGGAUAUGCUUAAGUCUUGGUCUGAAGAAUGGUUUCAACUUACGGUCUAGUCUUUAAAAAGACUCAGCAGCUAAACAAUGGGCUUCUCUUUUGUCUCGCUACUUUGUGGGUUUGAUUCUAGGUACGAGUUUGUUCAAGCACUUUGAUGCUUGUAGACUUUUAUUGAAUCGUUUUUAUAUUUGAUGCAAGUUUCAUCAACAAUGUGUUUGUUUGACCUUUUUCAAACAAUGUGUCGUUUUUAUAUUUGCGGGUUUAUCAUUUGUUUAUGUAAGGAAAACAUGCGGCUUAGUCAUUGGUUGCAAGAAAACUUUUCAUUUUA